AUGGAUAUUUCUCAAGAGUCUCAAACCUUCACUCAGAUUCUCCGAGAUAUAACUGAACUCGAACCGGCCGUAGGGUCUCCGGAACAAAUUGUUUACAUCCCAACGCCGACCCUGAAUUGUACUGAAAUACAUCCUAGAACGGGUGCCAUAGGGAGUCUACACGGUUUCUGUGAAGGAUAUGCCUACGAGACAAUUGUGCCCUACUCCCAGGAUGUAUUUACACACAAGCCGCAAACAGAGACUUUAAACGGCCUGUCAACUCCCCUGACCCAGGACCGUUGGACGCCCCCUAUUAAACACCAACGGACAAUCAGGGCCCAGAUCCACAGGUCCGCUUCACCCGAACAAUACUACUGGGAGGGUAUUCACGAGACAGCGUUACAAGGACAAGGCUCACAAGCUACAGACCAGGCAGAUGCUAUAAUUAGGGUUGCCCAAAGACAUGUUCCCGAGUUCUCAGAGCUUCUUCAGAACAGCCCUCUUCAAAAAAGCCGAGACUCCUCGCCGGCUUAUAAAGACAUCCAAGAAGCUACACAUCUAGAUCCCGAAGAGGCGCCAAAGACCCCAGUCACCAGAACAGCGAAGCCUGAUGAUUUCAAAGUUUUAAAUGACAUUUCUGAGGUAGACGAUUUGAUGUUCUGUGAAGUGGCCAACCUUAUUGAAGCGGCCAAUUCUGGUGGGGCAACAGCCUCUUGUGAAAUAGACCAAGCCGUGCUUUUCAAGGCUUUUACACAGGGUUUAAAAUCACGAAAGGCUUUACUUCAACGUCGUAUGGGUAUUCUAUUCGAACAUCAAUACAAUCAGGAUGUGUCAUUCUGGCGUAGAGAGCUUCCCCGCAUGUUAAACAACAGUAGGGUUAAAACAAUCAAAUACCUCCGUUAA